ACAUGUACUGGACAGAGUCGCCUUCGGACUCCAUACGGCGUGCCACGAUGGACGGAUCCGAGCUGCAAACCAUCGUUGCGAGAGCCAACUAUGCGGCCGGGCUCACAUUCGACCAGGCGACGAGUCGCCUCUACUGGGCCACCCAGUCGCGGCCAGCGAAGAUAGAGAGCGCCGACUGGGGUAAGAAGCACCCGAUACUGGUUUGCAGCGACACGCGGUUUCCCUGUAUCAGGACUACGUGUACUGGAGCGACUGAAACACCGGGGACAUUGAGCGGGUGCACAAGACGACGGGCGAGAGCCACAGCCUGGUCCAUUCGGGCAUGACUUACAUCACUUCGCUGCUUGUGUGCAACGACAAGCGACAGGUGGGGCUAAUACGUGCAAGAUCAACAACGGGAGCUGCUCCCACCUGUGCCUGGCCCAGCCCGCAGACGGGGCAUGACCUGUGCCUGCCCCACCCACUACCAGCUGGCCAAGGACGGGGUCUCCUGCAAGAACUACAUCAUCUUCAGCCAGAUGAACAGCUUCGGCCGACUGCUGUCGAACACGACAGACUGCUCGAAUGUGCCGCUGCCAGUGUGCGGCAAGAAUAUCCGCGCCGUGGACUAUGAUCCGAUCUCGCAUUACAUUUACUGGAUCGAAGGCAGGAGUCACAGCAUCAAGCGUUCUCUGGCAAAUGGCACAAAGGUGAGCCUCUUGGCCAACUCCGGACAGCCGUUCGACAUUGCAAUCGACAUCAUUGGGCGGCUGCUCUUCUGGACCUGCUCCUACUCCAACAGCAUUAACGUGACAAGCUUCCUGGGUGAAUCCGUAGGCGUCAACGAUACCGGGGACUCGGAGAAGCCUCGCAACAUUGCCGUGCAUGCCAUGAAGCGUUUGCUCUUCUGGACAGAUGUCAGCAGCCAUCAGGCCAUCAUUCGGGCCCGAGUCGAAGGCAAUGAGCUGGCCCUGGACCAACAGUCCGACUACAACAGUCUACUAUGCCCAUGGCAAGUGAAUCAAUGUGAUAGACCUUAAAGGAAAGAACAAGAAAACCUUUGUUUCCAUGCACAUCACGCAGGUGAACAACAUUGCCGCCUUGGGAGGAUUUGUGUACUGGCUGGAUGACAAGACCGGACUGGAGUGGAUCACUGUCAACGCAGAGCGUCGUUCCGGGGAGCUGCAGCGUCUGUCGCAGUUCACCGACAUCAGUGCCGUGUGGGCACCGGAUGCGAAAGUGCUGCGCAAUCACAUGGCACAGUUGCCCAAAUUGUUCCCACAUCUGCAUAGCGGGGUGUGACACGCAGUACUCACGACGUCUGCUCGUGCCCCAAGCAUCUGAUGCUACUGGAGGACAAGGAGAACUACGGCGUCUAUCCGGACAGAUAAUUUUAAGUGGCGGGAGUAGUGACAUAAAGAACGACUUUAUAUCCGCCUUCUGGCGCUGUGACGAAAGGACUGCCCGGCGGAUCAGUUCAGCUGACAGUCAACCGAGGGCAGAGACAAGACUCUGAUCUGCGAUGGUACCACCAGUGACAACUGUGACAAUGUCAAGGCUAACUUAUGAUGAAGCAGGGCCCCGUCUAAAACGAAAACUAGCUGCCGAUGUAGCAAUCAGUAAUAAAAACGAUACCAAACUUUUAA